AUGAACAUCAAUUCAAAUAAUGAUAUUCUAACCACUGAUCGUUCUACUUUAUUGCAUGGAUUUAAAUUACUUUUUGUUAUGUUUGGUCUAGGAUGUGCUGUGUGUUUAGCUGCAUUGGACCAAACAAUCGUUGCUGCUGCUUUGCCUAAAAUUGUUUCAGAUUUCAAUGGGUUGAAUCAAAUCUCUUGGAUUGCCGGUGCAUACUUACUUACAGAAACCUCCCUUCAACCAAUUUAUGGAAAGUUAUCAAAUAUUUUUGGUCGCAAAGUGACUAUAUUGUUCUCUGUUUUUGUUUUUGAGCUGGGCAGCCUACUAUGUGGUGUCGCACAAAAUAUGAUUUCAAUUAUAAUAUUCCGUGCUAUUGCUGGUAUUGGUGGCGGUGGAAUCUUUAUACUUGCUGAGAUUAUCGUUACAGACAUAGUUAGUGCUAAAGAUGUUGGAAAGUACCAAAGUAUUAUCAAUGCAUGCUAUGGUAUCUCUUCUGUAGUCGGACCUCUUUUGGGUGGUAUUUUUACAGAUCAUGUUAGUUGGAGCCUUCAUUCCUCAAAACAAACCGACCUUUUUGAAAAGAUCAAGAGACUCGAUAUUAUUGGUAUUGCCAUAAUUAUUGUAUCAACAAUUGGUAUAUUGCUACCUCUUAAUUGGGGUGGUAGUGCCUAUGCCUGGAACAGUCCCAUGAUUAUAGUGCCCUUUUGCAUUGGCGUGGUUGGUUAUGUUAUAUUUGGCUUUGUUGAAAGUUACGUAGCUGUCGAGCCUAUUGCUCCACUAGGCUUUUUGCAAGGAAUGGCAUUCUUUAGUUUUAUUAUUUAUGCACCUAUCUACUUUCAAGCGGUAAAAGGUUAUUCCGCUACUAUGGCAGGAUUGGCAUUAGUACCCUACGUUCUUGGAUUUUCAGUAGCCAGUGCUCUAACGGGUCAACUAUAUUCUCGAACCAACAAAGUGACAUAUAGAUUACUCUGCCUUAUAGGUGCAGCUUCCAUGACUAUUAGUUUUGGAUUAAUUACAAUGUGGAAUGAAAAUAGUGGUCCCGGUGAAUUGAUCGGAUUCAUGGUUAUAGCUGGAUUUGGUGCUGGUAUAAUUUUUCAAGGUGUUUUAUUAUGCUGUCAAGAGUCUAUUGAGCAUAAAGAUAUAGCAAUUACCACCUCUUUACUAAUGUUCUUUGCUACCGUUGGAGGUGUGCUUGGAAACGCAAUAAUAGGGAAUAUAUUUAAUAACAAACUUAUACAAUCUUUGAAUUCAUUAUCAUUGCCACAAAAUUUUACACCACAAUCUGUAGACUCUGUGCAAUUUUUACCAGUUGAAUCACGGGCCUUGGUUAUUCAUGCUUAUUUGAUCGCAUUGCAUUCGUCCUUUAUAGCUUUCAUACCUAUAUGUGGGUUAAGUUUCAUUUCAUCCUUGCUAAUGGGAAAUAUUAAACCUUCAUAUAGUGAGUAA